UACAGCAGGAAAUUAAUGAGUUACACCAAUUUAUAGAUUUAGAGACUAACACACCAUUUUUCUCUUUAAACGACUGGGGGUAUCGUUGUUUAAAUGAGAAACUCGUCGUGUCGUGUUGACUAUAUUUCAUAGCUUGGGCGCUUAUAAAUUACUUAAAAUAUUAAUAAAGAUGUGACCUUCCCCUUCCUCCAGCAUAUACGUACAUGCCUUUCAUAAUUAAAUUUGGAUUAUCGUGUUGAGAUUCUCUUUUUCCCAUUGGUGUUAGAUAUGUCAUAUAAUUAUGACAAUUAUUGUGAUUAUAAAUGGGAGCAAGCACAACGUGAAAAUUGUGUUCUGCCCCCAAUUGCCUGGACUAGAGAAAGGGUUGCGGCGGAUGCAGUCUCCUCGUUGGAACAGGACGCAAACAGACAGAACGAUCUUACUCACGAUAUUUUCUGUCGACUUCAAUUUGUGCCGAUGUUCAUGGACUACGGAGAGAGACCAGUUGGGCUUGAUACAUUGAUCCAGGCCACUAAAUCGUGGUAUGUUUGUGGUUUCCAGCUCUCUACUGGAUCUAGGAAGGACUUCAGAUUGAUCUAGGUGGCUGGUAAUACAAGUUGGAACGGGGUGUCGUUCCAUUCUUCCAGACAAGAUUAAAGUCUUGACAUGAUAACAUCGUUUUCUAAUUGUAGAUCACAGUUUCAUGGAUGGUUGAAUGGCUCCUGGUUAUCCAAUGCCACUGCAUCCCUUAUUCCCUGACUUCCUUGAUGACCACAGCUAUGGAAGGAAGGAGUAUAUGGAAAUCUGUCUGGCUGACUUUAAUGAUGUUUCUAAUUUCGUAUUCCAUUAGUCAAUGUCUCUUGUUGUAUUUGAAUUUUUUGUUGUGCCACAAUAUGGUUUAAUUUCUUGGCGAGUCAGUUGCCCUGGGAGUGGUAAGCCUUUAGAAAUAUAAGGUUGUGUUCCACGUUUGGUUCAUGUUUUGACAGAAUCCUUUUUUGUUUCAACAUUCAUUCGAAAGGGCUUGUACCUCCGCCUAUCUGGUUACUCAAUUUGUUGUAACAAUUAUCAUUAGGCCCCUCUUCUGCAGUUAGUUAUCCUUUUCUUGGCUUCCUUGUAUCUGACAGCAUCUAGUGAGAAUGUCUACAUCUACUUAGUCGGUUUUGGUUCGCUUUUAUGCCACAAGUUACAAUCUGAAUAAAGACCAUUAACAUUGUCGAAUUGACAGAAA